UCUUCGUUUCUCUUGAUAUAAUUAGGAAAUAAAAUACAAAAGACUUAGGUAUUAAGAAAGGAAAUGGCAGGCCCAGCAAAGAUGUAAUCACUCAGUCCCCACGCUGUACAUCCCUCGUCACCACAGCACAUAAAAGGCACAAUCAAGCCAAGCCAAGCCAAGCCUUGCCCUUUCCUCUUUUGUUUGUUAUUGUUCAUCCAAGUCCAAGGAGCGGUAGCUGCAAGCUUAUGGGGAAGAAGCUAGACGCGUUGCUUGGAAGAGGGUUCAAGCCCUACAAGUUGAAAUCAGUUAUUAGUGUUGCCCUUUCUCGUCUUUCCGUUUUCAAGAAUCAGCGUCAGAUUCGCAGCAACCAAGCUCGCUCUGAUGUUGUGCAGCUCCUUCAGCUCGGCCACCAUGAUCGUGCUCUUCUUAGAGCGGAGCAGGUGGUGAAGGAGAAGAACAUGUUGGACGUGUUUGUUAUCCUGGAAGGGUAUUGUAAUCUGCUUAUUGAAAGACUCCAUCUCAUUGAGCAAGACAGAGAAUGCCCUGAUGAGCUGAAGGAGGCAAUAUCUGGCUUGCUCUUUGCAUCUUCAAGGUGUGGAGAUUUUCCCGAGCUUCAAGAGAUUCGUGCAAUCUUCACGUCUCGCUAUGGCAAAGAAUUCGUUGCUCGUGCCAUUGAGUUGCGCAACAAUUGUGGAGUCAACACUAAGAUUAUACAGAAACUCUCAACCAAACAACCAGACUUGCAGAGCAGAUGGAAUGUGCUCAAUGAGAUUGCUGCUGAGCAUAGCAUUGCCCUACAACUCCGUGAAACCUCUGUUUCCGCUACCCUGGAAAAUUUGGACGGAAGCAAGAAUCAUAGCCAGCCCAAGUUAGGCACAAUAGGUAAGGCAAGUAACCAUGCAGUCCUAGUAGAUGACAACGAGUUCUCUGAUUCAACAAAAGCAAGGAAAAAAUAUAAGGAUGUAGCUGAUGCCGCUCAAGCAGCCUUUGAGUCUGCUGCGAAUGCGGCCGCAGCAGCAAGAGCAGCCGUGGAACUCUCUCGGUCUGAUUUCCAUGAUCCUGAUGAUGAUGAUGAUGAUGAUGAUGAUGAUCACAACAGUCCCAAUAGUCAAAGAAAAAGAGUGCUUGAGAGACAGGAACCAAAUUCUGAAGAUAAAGAAACUCAACAAGGCAAUCAAGCAGAGGACUUGAAACAGACACCAGAAAUCAAGAUUUCGAGCCCUUCUUCAAGUAAAGAUUCAUCACAAGGAAACCUGGACAUUAGGACAGUGUCGUUGGAUGACGUGGACCCUAUCAAGCUAUUGGAAAAGGAAGUAGUAAUUCAUGAGAGCGACGAUGAGAAUUAUGAUUCCCAUGAUUCCAGUUUUCAUAUGAACACAAGCAUGUUUAAAGUCGGGGCCCAAGAUGAAGAUAAGAAUUACGAGUGCACAGAGAAAACUGCACUGAUGUUUCAGAACUCAUCUGAUAAGCAAAUCCCCUCAAGCCUUCGUGCUGGCUUGAAGGUGGAGGCUGUACCUGAAAACCCCACAGAACAUGUGGCUCAAAGUUCUGGGACGAAAGGUAAACGACCCUUUACCAUUAAUAAGGCGCCGUUUUCUGUAAGGACUAGACAAGUUCGUGGCUACUGAGGAGCAUCAGUAUACUGAUUUGAUUUUGAAGUUUGGCGAGUUGCAUUAUAGCAUCAGUCGGGUCUAUAAGUUUGUUUGUUUGUUUUCCCUUUUUUGUUUAUUUUCUUGAGAUUUAAACUGGAUGUUAACAUUUUUGGAAUUAUUUUCGAAGAAAAAUAUGUUGGAAAACAA